AUGGAAUCAACCUGGUUAGGCACCAUUGCAUGGCUGCACCUACUCAAUGCCAUACUCGUCGGUAUAGUCGCCUUUUGGGUGGGAUCCAUUAUAUAUAACUUGUACUUUCAUCCUCUGGCUUCAAUUCCAGGGCCUGUGCUGUGGCGCGCUUCCAGACUGAGUUUCAUUCGGUCUCUAGUGUCUGGUAGACUAGUUGCGGAUAUAAGACAGUUUCAUCAAACUUAUGGCGACAUUGUGAGAACUGCCCCAAACGAGAUCUCAUUCUCCCACGUUGAAGCAUGGCACGAUAUAUGUACACCAACAAAAGGCCACAAACAAUUGCUCAGAAACAAUGUUUGGUUUAAAGCGCCUCCUGGUCAGCCAGAAAAUCUUGUGACAACAGUCAGCGCAGUUGAUAGUGCAAGAAUGCGCCAAGUCGUAGCACCGGCCUUUACAGAUCGCGCGGUCAUGAGACAAGAGGCUAUCAUCCAGGGUUAUGCUCAUCUCUUGGUGAACAGAUUCAAAGAGAAGGUGUGUAAUGCCAGUGACUCGACUUCUGGUGUCGUAAUUAAUGUUGUGGAUUGGCUCAACUGGUUCACUUUCGAUUCUAUUGGCGAGCUUGCGUUGGGGGAAUCAUUCGGCUGUCUACAAGAUACGAAGCAUCAUCCAUGGAUAGAGUUACUAUCCAAUUCUCUGGGAGUUAUGGCUCUUGCAGCUGCAACUAGAUACCACCGAGGGCUAGAGUCUAUCCUCUGGAGACUGAUCCCAGCGAAACUCCGUAAAAUGCAAAGCAACCACUACGCUACUGCUCUCAAUAAGAUACAGCGACGGAUGUCAUCACAAGUCAUGCGACCCGAUUUCAUGAGUCACUUUCUUGAGAAUAACCCGGGAUUUGAAAAAAUGAGCCAGCAAGAGGUUGAAUCAACACUAACUAUGCUGCUCAUUGUGGGCAGCGAAACGACGGCAACAGCACUUUGCGGGGCGCUACACUAUCUAGUGCAAUACCCGGACGCUCUCCAAAAACUAGAGCAUGAGAUUAGAGGGAACUUUGCAAAUGAAUUAGAUAUCUCUUUUCGCUCUUUGCAUCAGCUCCCAUAUCUCAGUGCGGUUAUUUCUGAGACUUUACGACUUUGUAAUCCCGUGGCAGGAGGUAUUAUGCGCAUUGUACCAGAACAAGGAGCAACCGUUUGUGGCUAUUCAUUACCAUCUGGUACUCAUGUGACCCUUAGCCCAGUGGCGAUGUCGCUGUCUGCAACUAAUUUCAACCGCGCGGAUGAGUUCCUUCCUGAAAGAUUCCUCCCAGAAGCAGAAAGACCAGCUGAAUUUGGAAAUGAUGUUCGCGACACUCAAAAACCAUUUGGACUUGGAACACGCAGCUGCCUUGGAAAGCCCCUCGCGAUGGCAGAAAUGCGAUUGGUAUUAGCGCAGUUGGUUUGGAAUUUUGACCUUUCCCAAGCCCCUUGCACUCGAAUCAAUUGGAAUGAGUUAAAAACGUUCGUCGUGGUACAGAAAGAACCUGUGUACGUCGUUUUGAAAAAGAGACGGGUAGAGAGGAGAGUCUAG